AUGACAUCGUUCGAUGAUUUUGGGACCUUGCAGACCCGAAUGAACGACUUGACGGUGGAUUUCGACGCCUAUAUCAACCGGACUCGUACUGAAGUCAUUACCUCAAAGCAGGAUCAUUAUGGACGUGUUACAGAGUUGAAGAGCAGACAAGCACAGUUGGAGAUGGAAAUAUCUGCCCUUCAGCAAAAGGAAAAGAAGGUUAAAGACACCAUUACGCGUACUUUGGAGGAACUCCAGGUGCAGCAGCUUAAAGUAGAGGAGUUGAGGUUGAAAGAACAAGCACAAUUACGAGAAAGAGAAGAAUUGCAAAAGCAAAUGGCCAUUCUGCUACAACAAGUACGACAGGCAGAGGACUCUUUGCGUAACCAGAAGCUGGAUUUACAAGCACAAAUGCUUCGGGACCAUCCAGAGCUUGCCAAAUUUGAGCAUUACUUGGGACUCCGUAUCGAGGCCAUCAAAGAAGACUGUGUUCGCUUCAUCUUUUAUAAUGUGUUUUGGAAUGACGUGGAUCGCGAGGUGUAUUGCCAGCUCAAUGUUGGCGAGGACAAGUAUAUCAUAGACGGCACUAGUCCUGUGCUUGAAGCUGAGGUCUUGAACCGUAUGGAGAGCUUAUUGAAUGAUAACAAAAACUUUGGCAAGUUUUUGAAACAUGUAAGAGAAGAGCUUCGUGAUGCUGCGGAUAAGGAGGCGGAGAAGGUUGAGCAGGAUGCCGAAAGAGAGCGUGAGAAGGAGCGUGAGAAGGAGGAUGAAAAGGAGCGGGAAGUGAAUGCUGGUGUUGCAAGAGAAGAGGCGGUAGUUGACGAGGCAGACAAAGAACACAGUGCAGGCGAUGGACCGAUAAGUGUUGGCGCUGAGACAGAAGAUAAUGGAACGGACGGCAAAAAUGAUACCCCUGCGGAACCUGAGAAAGUGACCGAGAUGGUUGAUGCUGCAAAAUCAGAGGAAAUCACCGUCCAACAAGACAUUAUAGAAGAGUCGGUUGAGUCGCCUAAUGAGCCCAUGGAAGAGGAGGAGAUUUCAUCGUCCUAA